CUGAAGGACAUCCCGGGGACGCAAUGCGCGUCCUCGCCGUGUUCCUCCUCGGCGCAGCGUUCGCGGCGGCGGCCGGAGGCGGCGGGGAGCUUCCGGAGUUCCGGGAAGCUCCGGCGUUCCGCAACGGCGCAGCCUGCGCGGACGCGCCGACGAUCCACAUCGCGAUGACGCUGGACGGCACCUACCUGCGGGGCUCCCUCGCCGGCGUCCUCUCCGUGCUCCGCCACGCCGCCUGUCCGGAGUCCGUCGCCUUCCACUUCGUCGCCUCCUCGGCCUCCCCGGCGCGCCGCCUCGCCUCGCUCCGCCGUGCGCUGGCGGCUGCCUUCCCCACGCUCCCGGCCACCGUGCAUCGCUUCGACGCACGCCUCGUCCGGGGCAAGAUCUCCUCAUCCGUCCGGCGCGCGCUCGACCAGCCCCUCAACUACGCCCGCAUCUACCUCGCGGACCUCCUGCCGCGCUCCGUCUCCCGCGUGCUCUACCUCGACUCCGACCUCCUCGUGGUCGACGACGUGGCCCGCCUCUGGGCGACCGACCUCGGCCCCGACGCCGCCCUCGCUGCCCCCGAGUACUGCCACGCCAACUUUACCUCCUAUUUCACCGACGCGUUCUGGAGCCACCCCGAGUACACCGCCGUCUUCGCCAACCGGACGCGCGUCCCCUGCUACUUCAACACCGGGGUAAUGGUCAUCGACCUGGACAGGUGGCGCUCCGGUGGGUACACCGCGAAGCUGGAAUACUGGAUGGAGGUGCAGAAGCAGGAGGCCAGGAUUUACGAGCUGGGCUCCCUCCCGCCGUUUCUCCUGGUGUUCGCCGGCGAGGUGAAAGCCGUGGAGCACCGGUGGAACCAGCACGGGCUCGGCGGCGACAACGUGGCGGGGCAGUGCCGGCAGCUGCACCCCGGUCCGGUUAGCCUGCUGCACUGGAGUGGGAAGGGGAAGCCGUGGCUGCGGCUGGACGCCGGGCGGCCGUGCCCGCUCGACGCGCUCUGGAUGCCCUACGACCUCCUUCGCCGCCGCGGCGCUCGGGACGAUCUCCUCGCCGCCGUCUCCUGACAAUGCUGUCCGCGCAUCGCUGCAGGGCGAUCGAUUUGCUCGCGUCCGAUCGGAUCAUAUGCCACGGCGCUUGGCUGCUCCGCUCGUUCCGUCGUCCCACGGGUCGGCGUCGGUCACCAAGUCACAGACACGUUGGACCCACCUGGACACUCUCCUCUCCGCAUGGGUCCAUGCGCAAUGGCGUUAGUUGGUGUGGCCCUGUCGGUACUGAAGUCCGUCGGCCCCACUCGUUGGUGGCGGAUGGGGAUUUUUGGGGUGGGGGCCAAGGUGAAAUUCAGACAUGGGCUGUGUACAGCUGUUGUUUUUGGCCUGUUGGGAUAUUAGUUCUAUAUUCUUUUUAUUGUGUUCUUGUUGUAGAUUCUUGAAGAAUCUACCUCCAUAUAAUAGACAAUAGUGCAGGCACAGGUUUAUCACCGUGGAAUAAAAUUGGGUAUAUUUGGAAUUAGGGUUUAUAUAUAUUUAUAUUGUACAUGAUCGUCAGAGGUUAGGGCUCAGCAGGUGGAAACAAGGAGAGUUGUUCUUGGGAAAUGCCAU